AUGGCAAAGAAAACCACCGAAUCACAGUCGCCUGUUGGCGCUGACUACCAGGAACACAAACCAGACGGUCCAUCUGAUCUCGGCAACCCUGCAGGUGAUGAAGAGUCCCACAGCCCCACUCACCGUGGCUAUCAGUCCGGGAUUAGUGAACUGGAGCAGGGUGUGGCGGACCACGAAAAUUUCAUGGGCUGGUCCGGCCUUGACCCCGAUUGCUUGUACGCUACUAUCCUUUCUGCUCAGGCGGGAUACGACAAACUCCUCCAACUUGAACGUCACCGAACUAGUGCCGUUACCGAACGCCUCAGGGCCGCCUCAGCUGAGCACUCCGACGAGUUAAUAUGA